CAUUCAAUUCUUUAUUUGGUCAGCACAUGCGUGCAAACCACUUGGAUGUUAAUGUUUUGCAGACAUUGAGAAUAUCGUUAAUGCUGCAGCAGAUACUCGCUACAGCUGAAAUAAUGUUGCUCUUGCAGAGACUGCAAGAUGAUAACAGGGUAAUGAUAGCUGACGGCAUGGUGCAUAUGACAUCUUGAUUCGCGAGGACUAUUUUAAGCAGGAACUUAACAUAGGACUCGAACAAAAAAUGGGAUUACAUGGCGCUAGUAGAGCCGCGGGAAGGAGAUCUGUGGCUCGGCAAUGGCCUUUCUUUCCCUUCCCAACACCAUCACUUCUUCCUUCUUCCAAUCGAACUCUCAACGUCUCCAUUUCUGUCCUCUCUGCAAAUCCUUUCUCGCCGUUUCCUCCUCCUCCAAGAAGUUCGCCUCCAUCUCCAUUCUCAACUCCUACAAGAUGGAAGGAAAUGAAAUUACGGAAGAAGUUGCAGAGAAACAAAGCGAGGACAAUUUAAAUGUGAAGAAAAAGAUUUUUGUGGCUGGUGCAUCCGGUAGUACUGGAAAAAGGAUUGUGGAGCAGUUGCUGGCAAGGGGCUUUGCAGUCAAGGCCGGGGUUCGAGACGUAAGUAAGGCUAAAACUACUCUCUCCCCAGGCAAUCCAGAUCUUCAAAUUGUAAAAGCGGAUGUGACUGAAGGCUCUGCAAAGUUGGCAGAAGCCAUAGGUUCCGAUUCUGAAGCUGUAAUCUGUGCUACGGGGUUUCGCCGAGGAUGGGACUUAUUUGCGCCAUGGAAGGUUGACAAUUUUGGCACUGUAAACCUUGUUCAAGCAUGCCGUGAGUUGGGCAUAAACAGGUUUAUUCUGAUCAGUUCCAUUUUAGUCAAUGGAGCUGCAAUGGGACAGAUUCUCAACCCAGCUUAUAUCUUUUUAAAUGUUUUGGGGCUCACCUUGAUUGCAAAGCUUCAGGCGGAGCAGCACAUCAGGAAAUCGGGUAUUAACUACACAAUUAUAAGGCCUGGAGGUUUGAAAAAUGAGCCUCCUACCGGAAAUUUAGUCAUGACGGCAGAAGAUACUCUUUAUGAAGGAAGCAUAUCAAGAGAUUUAGUUGCAGAAGUAGCUGUUGAGGCAUUGGUUCAUUCCCAAGCCUCUUACAAGGUUGUUGAAAUAGUCUCUCGAGCCGAUGCGCCAAAGCGUUCGUAUGAGGAUCUCUUUGGCUCCAUAAAGCAGAGAUAGUCAUCUUCAGAUGCCAUCUUAUCCUCGCGGAAUUGAAGCGCUUGAUAUCUUGCUUCCUGGUGGCAGUGCCUCAUUUUCCAAGCCCCCUUGGGAUAUUCAUGCUAUAUUUCACUGCAUUAUAAUGUAUUGUUUCUGUUAAUACAUUCAUUUGCUAACGUUGAUGUAUAGCUUGCUUUUAAUGAGAACAUAAAGAAAGAAUUUAAGAACUGAGAAAGGAAGAAGAAACGCCCUCCAGAUCACAAAACUCUGAUUUUUCAGCAAUAGCCACAAUUUUUUUGUUUCCUGA